AUGGAGAAUGAGGGCUCCUCAUCACAGCAAAAUUGGGGCUCUUUGCGCCGCCUUUCCACAUCUCGCGAACCCUCAAUGAGUGCCGACUCUUCACGGCCUCAGCAUUCUGGCUUGCAUUUGCCGCCUCUUCCUGGCCUCCACAACAUGCCACCAGAGCGAAUACGAAGAUAUCCUGGCGAUGGAUUCGACUUCCGGCGCCCCGCUCCGCUGCAGCACACAGCAUCACCUCAACCAGAUUUCAUCGAUCUGACGUCUGAUGAACCAGGUCCCUCUGCUCGUAAUGGCCACCAGGAGGUCCCAGUACAACGACCGCCACGAUUCUCCAGGGAGAUAAUACAUAUUGAUGAGGAGGAUGCGCGCCCCCCAGCUCCCACCUUUGGUUCGCCCGAGAUCGAGUUCCUAUCUUCUCGCCGCAUCUCGCCUGUGCUUCGCCAACCCUCCCCAGACGACGACGUGGAAAUAACGGGUUCAGCGCCGGUGCCGGCUGAGCGGAGGGUAAUGCAGGCCAGGCAACACCUAGAUGUGAUGGUGGGAGUCUUCCAGGGGCUAUUGCAGAAUGAGCAAUUUUCACAACGAUCUUUUGCUCACUUGCGAGCACAUCUUCGGAACGCUGGAAGGCAACAACCUGUCCACCCACCACGGCGACGAGUCGGAGCACGGAUUCACGUUGGAUUUGUACCUCCUAUGAUGAACUUUGACGAAGUCGGAUUUGAUUUGGGCCUGGGAGGGAACGCACCUACUCCAACACCUCCAACGUACGAUGCGCCGCCACCUGCACCUGAAGGGUUCACUAGGACGGUCGCGGAAGAAGAUACUCUAGUGUGCCCGAAUUGCGAAGAUGAACUGUGUAUGGGAGAAUCCGACCUCAAGAAACAGGUGUGGAUUAACAAAGCCUGUGGUCAUGUUUACUGUGGCGAAUGUACAGCGAACCGGCACUCUUCUAAACGGAGUGCGAAAGGCAAGGAAAAGGCUUCAACAUCACAACUAAAAACGUUCAAGGAAUGUGUUGUCGAAGGUUGCGGGAAGAAACUUGCCCAUAGAAGCGCGAUGAUCCAAAUUUUCUUGUAG